AUGGCGCCUCCCACCGCAAUAUCACAGCUCGCACUGCCCAUCUUGACAGUAGCCAAAGGCGAGAACUAUCCCAUCCCUCCUCCAACGGCAGCUCUCGACUCCGGUCCAAUCGUCGGCGUUUCUGUAGAGCUCCUUGAUUCCAUUUCUCCAGUCAAUAAGUAUCUCGGCAUCCCAUAUGCGUCGCCCCCGGAACGGUUCAGUCGUGCAAAGAAACCACAACCGUGGACGAAACCCCUUCCGGCUACUAAAUUCGGACCGGCGUGUACCCAAUUGUUUGUCAACAAUGAACUCGGCCCCGGUGUGGAUAUCCUCAAAGAUUUCUUCGACAACAACCCGCCCGAGAGCGAGGACUGUCUGUACAUGAACGCCUUUGCGCCGACGAGCCCACAGCCCCCUGAGGGCCGCCCCGUGGUGCUCUUUAUUCACGGCGGUGGUUGGCAACAAGGACACGGAAGGAUCGACAUGUCUGGGUUUGCAGCGUAUGAAGACAUUGUCGCGUUCUCGUUCAACUACCGCACAAAUAUGUUCGGGUUCGCCAACUCUCCUAAUAUUCCCGUCGACGAGACCAACCUCGGUCUGUACGACCAGCAGCUCGCCAUCGAAUGGGUCCAGGCCAACGCCAGAGCCUUCGGCGGAGACCCGAGCAAGGUGACCAUCUGGGGCGAGUCAGCCGGCUCCAUGUCCGUCGACAUCCAAGUCAACGCGUACGGAGACGCCCACCCACCGCCCUUCCGCGGCGCGAUCAUGUUUAGCGGCCAGAUGUCUGUAGGCCUGCUGGGCUCGACUUCGAAUCCUCGUGACAAGAGAAACUGGGAGGCUGUCGCGCGGGCGGUAGGGUGCAACGGCACCGACAACCAACUGUCCUGCUUGCGCGCCGUCUCAGCAGACGACCUCAUCGACGCCAUGUCCGCCACGCAAGUCACCUUCAUGCCCGUCACCGACAACGUGACAGUGCCCAGCGGACGGGCGGAGCGGUGGCGCAGCGGCGAGAACGCAAAGGUGCCGGUGCUGAUGGGGACGAUUGCGCAGGAGGGUCGCGCGCUGGUGAACCGCCACAUCAACAUGAGCCUGUUCCUGGAUUCGUACCUGAUGGAGCCGCUGGUGACGCGGGAGCAGCGCGAGGUGAUCUUGGACGUGUACAGGGCGGAUCCGGAAUUGGAGACGGACUUUGAUGUUGCAGCGGCGAUUUAUACGGAUUAUUUCUUCCGGUGUCCUCAAGGAAUACUAGCCAACAUCUCGGCUUCCAUCGACAACCCCACCUGGCGGUUCUACUUCAACGCCUCCCUCACCAGCAUGUUCCCGAGGAACCUCGCCUGGCUGGGGAAGUUCCACGGGUCCGACGUGGCGCUGCUCUUCAGCUCGCCCACAUUCGAGGGCGACGCGGGGGGGUUGCCGUUGACGCCGCAACUGUAUACGCUUGGCAACUACCUGCGAGGCGUCGUGGGGAGGUUCGUCAAGAACCCGCAGGGCGGGCCCGGGUGGCCGGCGGUGGGCUCGCGGUAUGCGCCGUUUGACGUGGCGAAUCUGGGAGAUGUCGGGAGAGAGGUGACGGUGGCGGGGCCGACGAUGGUGGAUCAACGGGUGUUGGAUGAGAGGUGCGAGUUGUACGAGGCGAUAUAUCCUGUGCUUGAGAAGUAUGUGUUGUCUUAG